AUGACCACGGAAAGUGUUUUAUACAAGCUCCUAAUCGGAAAAUCACUCGGGCAUCAACCAAGAGUGAAGAAAAAAACAAUCACCCGGUCAUCAACCAAGGGGGAAGAAAAUAAUGCAUUCGGCCAUCAACCAAGAAUGCAAGAAAGACAGACUACCCGGAAAUCAAUCAAGAGCGGAGAAAGACAGGCACCCGGGCAUCAACCAAGGGUGAAGAAAAAGAAUGCAUUCGGCCAUCAACCAAGAAUGCAUGAAAGACAGGCCACCCGGAAAACACCCAAGAGUGGAGAAAGACGGUCACCCGGACAUCAACCAAGGGUGAAGAAAAAGGAGCAAUGGGAGACCGAGCAUGACCAAAAGACCACAGCGCUUCCCCAAGCAAGCGAUGCGUCUGCUGGCGGCGGCAGGAAAUCGUACACUCAAUUCGAGGUCACGCGCCCUCGAGAACUGUCUGAUGACUCUGAUGUAUGGAUCAUUCAUUUUGAUAUGCUCACUCUGCCAGACGCGGUCGAAAGCUGGAAAUACUGCCUUCGUGCGAUGGAUGCCAGGAGUGGCCUUUCCGACCAGUCUCUUGCUGAAAUAAUUGUUAUCGAAACCGAACUGUUCUUGGGAAAUAAAUCUUCGAUGAGCCUAGGACUUGAUGAGAUUUUUGCCUGA